AUGAAUUAAUAUUACUAUAACUUACCACCUAAACCAUCCAAACCAACUACAGUUGCACCACAAACUCAAAAGAAAUUACUUAAAGAUCAAUAUGAAAUUUUAUAGAUUGAGUUAGGAAGUGGAACUUAUGGCAAAGUUAAAUUGGCAUUGAAUCAUGCUAUUAAUAAAAAAUAUGCAAUAAAAAUAGUAUUUAUUUAACAAAUAUAGAUAUCUAAAAGCUAUAUGAAACAAAUAUUUGCAACUUAGCACAUUUUAAAUGAAUUGAAUUAUUUAUAAGGAUGCAAACAUAAAAAUAUUGUAGAAUACAUUGAACAUUUUGAGGACAGAGAUAAUAUAUAUAUAAUAUUAGAAUAUUGCAGACAUGGAACCUUAUAGGAUUUGAUUAGAAAAAAAAAUAAAUUAACUGAAGAAGAAGCAUUCCAUUAUUUUUAUUAAAUAGCAUAAGCUAUCCUCUAUUUACAUGAAAAAGAUAUUAUUCAUAGAGAUAUAAAAGCUGAUAAUAUAUUAUUGUAAAAUAGUAAUGUUAAAGUCUGUGAUUUUAAUUGGUCAACUUUCUUACCAAAUGGUGGUAAAGCCAAACCUUGUAUUUGUGGUACAACUGAAUACAUGCCACCAGAAGUAAUAAAAAAAGAAAGUCACGACAAAGGAGUAGAUAUCUGGGCCUUGGGAAUUCUAUUAUAUGUACCUCAAAUUCAUUAAUAAUUUUACAGUAUAUGUUACAUGGUGAAUUAUUAUUUAGAGCCAAAUAAAAAGAAGAGUUAUACGAAAAAAUUUGUAAUAGAUAACCAAUUAAAUUUAAUGAAAACCUAUCUAAAGAAUGUUAAUUUUUAUUUCAAUAAAUGUUAGCACAUUAAAAACGAAUUAAUAUAUAGCAAGUUUUGAAUUCAGAUUGGGUAAUCAAAAUGUUAAAAUGCAAAAAUAAUUCACAUUUUAUUCAAUUAACUCCAAUCAAAUGUCGUUCAACUACUUAAGAAUCAACUAGAUUUAGUGUUGUAUCUGAUUCUACUCAUUUUUCCAGUUCUAAAUUUACUGCUAAAUCUCAAGAUAUUGAGUCACCUGAAAAAUAAAGCAAUAUAAAUUAAGCACCUUAAGAUUAGCAUCCAAAGAAAGUUAAUAGUUCUGCUUUAGAUUAAAACAAUCCUGCUUUCAGGGUUGAGAAAAAAUAUUGUUAUUGA